CAGAUUCUCAUCCGGUUGGCUCGAGACGGAAAGCUUUCAGUGAAAGCGAAAGAUAUACAAGGGUGUCUCGAGUGGCUCCUGAAAGAUGGAGCGAUAACCCAUCCGCGGGAUAUUUUUGGCCCGGAAGGAUGGGGGGCAUGCACGCAAGCGCUGGCGGAGCAUGCGAUGGCUACCAAAUCAGCCAAACAUCUGAAAGUGUGGGGCACAAUCUUGCAGCUGCUGAAGCGGGGUAUGGAGGAAAAGGAGACUAUGUGGGCGGCACGCAAGGCACUGGGGUUGGACUGCCAAGGUCGCCUCCCGUUCACUGAGGAGCAGGAAACGCAAGUAGAAAAAGGUGAAUUAGAAAUAGAGCCAAAACAGGAAGGCUCGGACUCUGAAAUUCUGACAGCACAAGAGGAAAAAGGGGAAGAAAAGCAAGUGCAGGAAGAGAUAAUGGCUCGUGUGUGCUUGACUUGUGGGAUUAUGAAACCAAUGUCUGAAGGGUCGUGUCUGGGAUGUAUAAAGAAAGCAUAUCCGGUAACUGGAAAGAGGUUGAACCCUCCGCAGUACCCCUGGGACGAUUUGCGGGAGGCAGAGCGUAAAGCACGGUCCACGCAGCCUGCUCCCUCGCCAGCUCCGUUGCCAUCCGCGCCACCACAGUUUGUGGACCCAGAGGAAUGGUUGCCUGGGCUAGCAAUGAAAGCCCCGGAGGAUCCGUUGGAGAUGGCAGCAGAAAUAGCCAGUCCGGAAGCUGGACGAGGAGCAGAUAGGCAAAGAUGGCGCGAGAGGGAAGUGCUGCGCCCAGGAAAGGGGAACCAGUGGCGGGCCCCUGAUAAGCAUCCUGACAUUGCAGAGGAGGUUGAGGAGCUCUCCGAGCAGCUUGCGGCUGCGUGGGGGACAGAAGAGGGGGGAGACGCGGCAGCGGUCGGAAGCCGGAAACCGGGUCGGGAGCCUGGUCGGCUUGGGGGGACCUCUCGGGCCGGGAAGGCGCAAGUUAAUGACCACAAAGUGCAGAUGAACCUGCAGCAGUUACAGCAAUUAGUUAAUGAAAUAACUGCAGAGGUAGAACCCACUGCGCCAUGGACGCGCAUCCAGCAAGGUCCUACUGAGACCUUUACUAACUUUGUGGACCGAUUAAGUGUAGCGGUCGAAAAUGCCGCUAAUCUGCCUGCUGCCUCAAAGACUGCUAUCCUAAUAGAUUGCAUGAAACAGCAAGCAAAUGCGCCCACUAGGCGAAUCCUAGCAACAGCACCACGGGAGGCGGGGGUAGCAGAUCUCGUAAAACAUGUUGCUAAUGUCCAACGCCAUGAGGACUUGACACAAACCGCAGCUUUGCUCGCUAGGGCACAGCCUCUGACCUGUUUCGGCUGCGGCAACGAGGGUAUGGCAAAAAGGAUGGGUUUUGAUUACACAGGGACGUGGGUAUGCAGCCGUGGAACUUGAAGAGGGAGGGCCCAUCAAAUGGGUCCCAGUAAAGUGGAUUAAACCUGAUUUGUCUCAGAUCAAUAUUUCCACAGGUACCGAAGUAGUGAAAGAAGCAGACGACCAGCAACAGGACGUGUGAAGAAGCACAGUGGAUCACCGGCUGUAGCUACUUUGUUGUCUGUAUGGUGAAUAUUGCCUUGCCAAAAAGACAAGGUGUUGCUGUGUAAAUACUAAUGCCUAGCUAAUUACGCACUGCAGGAAAAGGAAUUGCUUUAUCUCUAUUAGCCUGCCGCACCAGCAAAAAUGUAUCUUAAUCUGUUUAGAAGCUUAUAUUUCGUGAGCAUAAUGACUAUCGUAGCUAUAUAUGUUCCACCUCAACCUAAGACUAACAUUUGGGUUACUCUAGCUAAUCUUACAAAUCAGGAAUCCAUUUGCCUUGCUCUUUCGUCACCUGGUAACCCCUUCUCCACAUGCCUUGUAGGUUUGCCGACAGAUGUCUGGCCUUGUCCACUCCUGCCGUACUUUUGUGUUCUUCAUGGCGACAAACCGUAUUGUUCAAACAGCACUCCCGCAUGCAAUGCUAAUAAGCCAAAUAGAGUAGUUGAGCUAUGGGAUUUUUGGGUGCCAUAUCUCCCCGUUGCUCCUGCCGAGCCUCAAGAAUUAGAACUGUUAGGAUCUGUAAAAAUGGACAGUUGUUUAUACUUUAAGUGGACCAAUGAAAAGGUAAAGAACAUUAGUGCAACAGUUGUGAAUUCAAGCCUUCCAGUUUAUAGGAAUGCAUCUGAGUGGUGCCAAUAUACUGCCAAGCAACACUCACGAUCCUCUGAUCAUCCUUUCUCUUUGCCUAGCGGCCUAUUUUUGAUUUGUGGUGAUCGAGCUUGGCCAGGUAUUCCCUCAAAACUUAGAGGAGGUCCUUGCUCGAUAGGUAGAUUGUCCUUAUUGACACCCAACACAUCCAUGAUUCUAAACAUGUCCAGGUAUUACUCCAGUAGGCGAAUGGGACGCAGUGUACACAGUUUUAUUAGCAAAUGCCAGGAUAAUGUAAAGUUUUGGUCACCAGGAGAAAUUAUUGCAGCCUCCUUUUUAGCUCCAGGCGUUGCAUCAGCCGGAGCGCUGGCACAGCUUAACAAGCUAGGUUGUUGGUUAGCUAAACAAACUAAUGCCAUGUCGCGAGCUAUAAGUGAUUUGUUAAUUGAUGUAGAUUCUGUAAGACAUGCCACUCUUCAAAAUAGAGCUGCCAUUGAUUUUCUCUUAUUAGCCCAAGGCCAUGGUUGUGAAGAAUUUGAAGCGAUUACAGUCUGCCUUAAGUGUCCGCGUCUCAGCUGCCUCAUCCGGCGUCCAACAACAGCGUGAAACACUUCAACAACAACUGCAUCAAACUGAGCACCGCUUCCUGCCUAUCACGACAUCUUAAGUCAUGGGGAGGGGGAGAUGUAGGGAUCGGCGCUCGGAAGAUCUCGCGUUGUUACGGAAAGCUCGCGAUAGGGAAAAAGUGCAAACAUAAGCACUAAAAAGUGCAAGGCGAGGCAGCGGUCAGCAAAACACACGUAACCAAUCAUAGAACAUAUUACCUUAUAUGUACUGUCUAAAAAUAAGCAUAAGCAUCUAUAGUAUAUAAGACUAAUGCACUAAUAAUAAAUUGGCUUUUGUUGCAUCCA